AACUGGUGGAAAAGGUAACCCAUCGUACCUAGCAGAACUUCAAGGUUCUAAGAAAGUUGAAGAGACAAUGGUUGAGGCUCCAAUCAAUGUGGUCAGUUCUGGAGUCAGUAGUCAAAGUGGAAAUUCCUCAUAUCUGAAGGAGCUACAAAACACAGACAAGAAGGAUGAACUUGAACCACCAAUCAAAGUGCAGAAAACAGAGACGGUAGAAUCAGUCAUAGAACCUCCAAUAGGUGUCACUCCUGCACCAUCCACUGGGGGAGGAGGCAACCCAAUAUAUGCGUCUAAGCUCCAGGCAGAACCUAAAGCGAACAAAGUUGUAGAGGAAUCAGUGGUAUCAGCCAUAGAAGAACCUGCUAUGAGUGUGACUUCCACCUCUACUGGGGGUGGCGGUGGGAACCCUUUGUAUGCUGCAGAGCUACAGAAAUCUGAUAAAGAAAUGAGAGAGAGUUUGAGAGCUGUGGUGGAGAAUAUCAUAAUGGCUGAGGAACAGGUCGCAGAUAAGCCAGCUGAAUCUAGUCAAAAAACAGACGCCAAGAAAGAUGAUUCCAAGAAAGACGAUUCCAAAAGUAAGAAGGCCGAGACAACAAAGUCAGACAAGACAGAUGGUGACAAGAAACAGGAUGACAAAAAGAAAGAUGACAAGAAAAAGGAUGACAAAAAAGCUGCAAUAGAUUUCCUGAAGGGUGUACCUCCACCAUUGUUUGGAGACGACUCAGAUGAUGAUAGUCCUCUAUUUGGCACACCUGCCAAAUCCUCAACUGAGAAGUCGGAGAAGAAACCUGAAAAAUCCUCUGCUGCCAACAGUUCAAAGAAACCAAAUGAUAAGAAGUCCGAAAAGAAGAAUGAGGAUGAUGACCUGAAACCACAACCCCCUCCCCCAUUGUUCGGAGAUGAUGAUGACGACGAUGAUUUGGAUUGGUUAAGUUAAAUGUGACACUGAUUCUGAUUGGCUGGGCUAAUUGUGAUGCUCAGCUCUGAUUCGUCAGGGAUAUCAACAUGACAACUGAUUGGCUGAGUUAAUUUUGAUGCUUAAUUCUGAUUGGCUGAGCUGAUUUUGAUGCUAGUUUUGAUAAAGUAUAUCCAAGGGUCAAGGAAACAGUAUAGCAACUAUCUCAGACCCUACCUGCUGAUGACGUAUCCUGGAACAAAUACAUUAAAAGAUGCCAAAUAGGCUACUCUAUUUGGUGAUACUACAAAGUGAACAAAAAUAAUAUAUAUUGACAAUUGUCAUAAAUAAGGAUAUAAUCUAAUUGGAUGUAACUGGUACAUAUCACUGGAGACUAAUAAACAAAUAUUACAUAAAUCUGUAUAUUCAAUGUUUUUGAAAUAUCGAUGCUAUAUAAUUUUGCUCAUUGCAAUUGGUGCCCAUAUAUGGUAUACUUAAUACAAGAUAAUGUGAUCAUUCAUUCCAUCAAAUAUUUUUUGUAUGCCCGUUGUAUGUGUUCAUAUUUUGCAUAGUACAACGUCUUUUGCUCAUAACUGCUUCCAACCCAUCAUGAAUAUAUUUUAUGAUGAGUUAAACGUGUUUUGUUAAUUCUUGCUUCUGCUCAAGCAGUAUUUCAUGACUAAAAAUCUGACAUGGACGCAUUUCAAAAAACUGAUACACAGGAACAAGGUAGUCUAUUAAAAAAAAUGUCACUUACUACCAAUUGAUUUUUAUGUCACCACCAAAAAUGGUGACAUGUUGUUAUAGUCUCCACCUUUUUGUGGAUGGCAGUUAGGGUUUGGUGGUUGGUGUUUGGUAUUUGUAACAAAUGUCAGGUGGUUACAUUUUGCACGUUAAUGCCUCAUUUUCAUUUUAAUCCAAUUUGUAGAAAUUGUGAAGAGUUAGCAUAUUUUUGUUAGCAGGCUCUAUUUUUGUUGUAAAUAGUGUAUAUUUAGUCUGUAUAUUAUGUCAAUGUAUACUGUAUAAUAACAUAUUACUACCGCAUCAUAAAUGCUUCAUAAAUGUGAUUUAGUCAAAUAUGCAAUCAUGAUCAAUGUAUUAUUUUUGUAUUCAGCAUAAAUGGAAAUGGGAUAAUUAAAUAACAGCUAUUUAUAUAUAAAUUGUAAGCAAAAACAACAUUAAUGCAAUAUUAUGUAACACAUUAAGUGUUGAAAUAAAAU